AUGCUACAUAACAAUCUCCUUAAAGGCAUCCAAAAAGGUUUUAUAAUUUCUCUAUUAUUGCUUAGGGAAUUCGAUUAUAGACUUAUUUAACCCAAAACUUAAAAUCUCAAUUCUUCNAAUAUAAUUAAUAAGGUCAAUUAAUGACAUUUAAUAGCCAUUUUUUUUAUGGGAAGGAAUCUUAAAACAUUAAAUCACUUUGAAACCUUAAGAAAUGAAAAUUUUGAAUUUAGAAGUAGUAUUUACUGAUAAAGGAGUUUAUGAUUUGAGUAGAUUUAGGUUAACAAUGCAUAACAAAUAAUAAAACGAAUAUUAUUCAAUUGAUCAUGAAGCAGUUAUAAUAAAAAUUAUAUGA